CAGUCACGUGAAUACUGCAACUAUGGCUGAAUGGAGCUUCAAAGUCACCCUGCUCUUGUUACUUCUAUUUCGAUUGUGUUUUACUGGUGCCACCGAAUGGAAGCAUUGUCCUCUUAACUGUAAUCAGAAUUAUAACAUUGGUGGAGAAUACAAUGUUUCACUGUCAUCCUUAAGUGGGGUGUGGCCUGCUGUGUAUUACCAUAGUAAUGAUGUUAAUUCUUUGCAAAACAUACCAACAUUCUUCAAUCUCAGUGUUUGUGCUCCAUUAUCGUCUACUGUUGUGAACUGUGAUGGAGAUCAUGUGUGCUACACUACUGAUUUUAAUUCUUUCUAUUCAUUAGCUUCUCAUGGUUCUUGUGCCUACAAAUCGGAGAAUAGAAUGUUGACACUAAGUUAUCAUUAUAGUGCUGCGGGUUCGUCUCAAUUUGGUAAUGGCAAUGUUACCAUAACUCUGGUGUGUGGAGUUUCAAUUGGUGUUCCUGAAAUUAUUGAAGGGGAUCCACAUACAGGUAGUAUAGAAAUACUAUGGAGCACAUCAUCAGUUUGUAAAUCAGUGGGACAGCGAAAUGAAACUAAAUGUUAUCUUGUUGAUCAUUACUAUUAUAAUGGUCUACAAGCAUCUUUUGUUGAUUUGAGUGGACUAUAUAGAAAGUCUGGCUAUGAAGCUAGUAAUACUGAAAGGCCGGGUUUACAGUUUAUAAUUAGUGUGUGUCAGCCCAUUUAUACUGGAGGCCCCUGUGAUAAUUCGAUGAUUUGUUUAUAUUCUAAUGAUUCUCAAGUCUCUGUUUCAAGCAGUGUGAGCCUUCCUAGUCCUCUGGCUCUGUUUUCUCAUUCUAACACAACCACUCCCAGUUUUGAAGGAAGUGAUGUCGUUGUCACUUAUCCUAUUACUGCUCACUGGGUUUCUGCACAAUGUUCUUCUAGUGCCUAUGUGAAGAUUAAGUUUCGAUGCCCUAGCAAAAAUCAGGAUCUAGGCCCUACUCUUGAGUUUGUAGAUGAUCUUUUAUGCCAGAUUAAUUUUUUGUGGACAACGAACCAUGCCUGUGAUGUGACUCGAGUUGUCUCAUCAACUUGUACUCUCACAUUGCCAUAUGGAGUAGCGUUUGAUCUAAGUGGACUCAAAGAAGUUCAAGUAAAUGAUAGUUCUAAUCAAUAUCAAUAUGAUCUCAAGCCAUGCUCUGUUGGCCUUAAUACUCCUUGUGCCCGUACAGGUGAUGCUGAUGUCAUUCAUUCCAUUCAGACUAAUAGAAAAAGUGGAAUAUGUCUUGUUAUAGGACGUGGUACUGGUAAAUUGCGAUACAUUGAUAAUGGGCUGAGUUUAACAUAUGGUUUAGGAGAUACUUGUCAUAAUGGAUUACCUCGCACUACAAUAAUUACGUUUUUGUGCCCUAAUGAUGUCAAGACAAAUUGUUCUGGUGAUUGUGUGACAUUUGUUGCUGAGGAACAUUGUGUUUAUCAAUUUGAAUGGAUCACUACUGCUGCCUGUUUGGCUACUAGCGGUUCAAAAUGCAAGUUUGAACUCCACCAUGUUAGUUAUAACUUUGGCCUACUAACAGAAGAUACCAAUCCAAUUUAUGCUGCUGUAUCAACAGGACACGACUCUAUUUGUUAUCUGAUUAAUCCUUGUGGAAACUUGGAAGUGACCAAUAAGACAUACACUCCAUCAUAUUACUGUAAUAAUCGAAUUGCACCUUCAGCUUGCUCUGGCAGUAGUGUGUGUCAGAUAAAGGAGCACGGUGAUCCUGUUCCAAUGGGUUCCUUUAAUCUUCAAGAUUCUUCUACUUUACGAACUAUUGAUCACAGUGUCAUUGGUAUUAGUUCGAUAUCAUCAGGAAAAUCUGCAUUUAUACAGUAUAUUUGUCAGACAGGUGCUCUAUUAACUACGCCUGUUUACAUUAGUCAGUUUACUGAUAGUAUCACAGAAUUUCAUUGGUACACAUCAGCAGCUUGUCCUGAAGCUUAUGCUGUGGGGUCUAAUUGUUUAGUAACAGAAACACGAACAGGAUUUGUUUUUAACUUAACGUCCCUUUCUCAACACACUCUUCAUUUUACUGACUCUGUGUCUAAUUAUCAUUACAUGGUCCGUGUUUGUUCAUCUUUGCCCUACUCAUCAAAUAGUAAAUGUAAUAAUAAUACAGCCGUAUGCCAAGAUACUGGACUUCGGAACUUUUCUGCUGGUCAACAAAAUGCAACUUUGACAUAUGAUGACAGUGUUUUAAAACUAGUAUACACAAAUGGAGACACUUGCUCUAAUGGCUCUCGCAGGAAAUCAACUGUGGUGUUCUUAUGUGAUGUUAAUGCUCGAGAUCCAGCUAUUCAAAGUGUUACUGAAGUCCGACAUUGUGACUAUCUUAUUGAAGUAAAGACCAUGUUUGCUUGCCCUCCAGCUUACCAGUCUAAAGAAUGCGUGUAUUUUUCAUCUAAUGGUGAUACUUAUGAUUUACUUGAGUUAGCAAAAUCAGAAGGUAACUGGCAAGCACAAAGCUCUGAUGGAUCAGUCUAUCUUAUCAAUGUUUGCCGCCCACUAAAUCUGCAAGGUGUUGGUCAUUGUAAUCCAUUGUCAGCUGUUUGUCGGAUUGUACAAUCCACUGGAUUUGAUUUAGGCUAUUUUUCCUCUGCAUCUCUUAGAAAUGGCUCUGGUGAAGCCAGCCUUGUUCUUACUUAUAAGUACAAACAGUCUGUUAAUGGUGCUAGUUGUCCAUUAGUUACUACUGAAAUACAGUUUGUAUGUAAUCAUUCAGUCUCUAUUGCGAAUGGACCUCGUCAUGUUAGUGGAGGAAAUGAGGAUAAUCCUUGCCACUACAUAUUUCGUUGGGAGACAAGAGUAGCUUGUCCAGUUGUUACCUCAAAUGAUACGUCACAUUUUUGUAAUGUUACUGAUGUUGCUAGAGGAUACACUUUUAAUUUAGAACCACUUAGGGCUCAUCAACAUAUUUAUACAGUUAAUGACACUAAAAAGAAUUAUCAGUACUUUUUAAGUAUUUGCGAUUCUUUACAAAAGAAGGAAAGUUUGUGUAAUCGUGAUGGUAUUACUGGUUGUCAGGUUAUAAAUAACACUAGUGCUUUUGUAACUGGAACAUAUUCCAAUAUGGAACUUCUUUACAGGGAAGAAAGUGUGAUUUUGAAGUAUAGUGGAGGUAGUCACUGCACUACUGGGAAUCUGACGAGAUCUAUGGAAAUUGAUUUUAUUUGUGAUCGUUCUGCUGGAAGUAAUUAUUUUGGAUAUCCUAAAUCCGUUGAUGAAUCUGAGCACUGUCAUUAUCUUUUCACAUGGGAAACGUCAUUAGUUUGUUUACCUGUCACACUGGAUUGCAUGACUGGUGGUGGUAUGUAUGACUUAAGGCCACUGAUGCAGACAAGAGAUUGGCAAGUUGACACUGGUAAUGGAACAGUGACUCUGAGUGUAUGUCAGCCAGUCAGUGAAUCUUCAAGGUGUCCACAAACUUUUGGGAUUGGAGCAUGCUUUGGCAGUUCAAUUUUGGGUCAUGUAACUGGUAAUCUAAUAGUUAUUAGUGAGGGAACACUACAAUUGUCAUAUCAUAAUGGCGAUAUUUGCUCUGCUGAUGGUCUGAGAAAGAUUACUGUCAUUACUUUCCACUGUAACAAAGGAGUUGGAGCUGGAGCUCCAGUGUUGGUAUCGCCUCUGGACAGUUGUAUAAUUAAUUUCAAUUGGGAUACUAUUUAUGCUUGUUCGCAGUAUGGUUCGUCUGCAAACUGGACAAUACAAAAUCCCGUAACUGGUCAGGUUUAUAACCUGACUCAGUUGAAGCCUGUGUUAUCUGCCAUAUCAGUUGAUAAAAAGUACAAUUUUACCAUUGGAUUAGCUGGCCACACUGUUCCUUGUGGUAGAAGCAAUGACAGUGUUUCAAUUUGUCAAACCUCCUUGUCUGAUAAUAGAAGUUUUGUUGUAGCAAGAUCUUCCAACUUUUCUUUAACAGUUACUGGAGGCAAAGCACAAGUUACCUAUGAGAAUGGUGAUUUAUGUAAUCAUGUGCAUAUAAAACGUAAGGCUGUGAUAUAUUUUGAAUAUGAUCCACGAUCAGACUUUUUGGAAGCCCUUUCUGAGGAAGAAUGUGAGUAUUCUUUUAUUGUAUAUACUCCUCUUGUUCGAGAAAAGACUUUGCAUAUUGGUAUUGAAUGCAGUCUACAAAAUUUUCCCGAUUUGUCCUGGUUUUCUAGUCAACGGAUGCGACCAAUAACAAUUGGCUCAUCUGCCAAACUUUACUUUUCUGUUUGCCAGCCUAUAUCUAAUAAUAAUCAAGUGGUUAAUUCAGGUUAUGAAUCAUGUUCCGAUUUUGCUGGUGCAUGCAUCAUUAAUGGCAGCACUGUCUUAAAUUUGGGUCGUCCGAGUGUUCAUCACCCUCCUGAAGUGGCUAGUAGUGGAAAUGGUGUAAUUAUUACCUAUGUUAGUGGGAGCCAGUGUGGGAACUCAAAUUAUGUAACUAAGAUAUGGCUUACUUGCAGUAAUACUACUGCUAGUGAUCGACCUAGUAUUGUCUCCUCAUCACAUUCAUGUGAAUAUAUCAUUUUAUGGCCAAGUCGACAUGCCUGUCCGUUUGCAAUACCUUCUACCAAUGUAUCAGAUCAUGUGUGUUCAAUACAAGAUCCUUAUGAUGGCACUUUAUUUGAUUUGACAGUACUCAGUAACAAUUCUUAUGUAAUAGAUACUUCAGGAAAAUUUAUCAUUGGCCUUUGUGGAAAGAUUAAAAAUGCACCUUUAGGUUGUAAUCAUAAUGGUGUUGGCAUUUGUCAUUUUUCUGGUAAUCACUGGAUGAUGAUGGCAAACAGCAGCCAUAAAAUUACUAUGGUAUCUCAUUCCCCUCAUACUUUGGAUGUGGUUUAUACUGUUGGUGCUUCAUGUGCUGGUGGUAGCACUUGGCUUAUUGUUAUUCGACUAUACUGUUCUCUACUUCAAAGCUCGGAAAAACCUAUACUGAAGUCUACCAGUAAUUGUGAAGUGCAGUUUGAUUGGCCAAUCAGUUCCUUGUGUAUUAGCAAAACUGAGGGUUGCUAUGCUAUGAGUUCGCAGAAUGUUUUGUUUGAUUUAGACCGCCUUGUACCUAAGUCAUGGCAAGGUACCUAUUUACAUGACGGAGUAUUAGGACGAUUUAAUUUAAGUAUCUGUCGAAAUCUUAAUCCUACAGUUAGUGAAGGAUUGAAUUGUUAUCCUGGUCCAGCUGGUAUAUGCUUACAGCCUGAUGUUUCUCUUUCGAAUUCUUUUUUGAAUCUGGGUCGUAUGAGUGCGAAACCAAAUGUUUCAAAUAGAUCCAUUGUGUUGAAUUAUACGGAAGGAAGCUCCUGUGGUCAUAAUCAAAACAUAUGUACUACUGUCAACCUUGUUUGUGGAUCUGGGUCAUCUGAUUCUCCAAUUCUGAGAGCAGUAGAUUCUUGUCAUUAUUUUAUUGAUUGGAAAACUGAAGUAGCUUGUAAUGAGACAGUAACGGUGAAUGGAUCUUGCAUUUUGGAAGAUACUCAGUCUGGCAUUCAGUAUAAUUUCAAUUCUCUUGCUAAACCACUUAUCUUUUUGGAUGCUGGUGUUUCCUUUUCUAUUUGUCUUUGUCCUGGAUAUCUCUGCAAGAAAUCUUUCAUACUGAAUACAACAUCUAGCAAAGUUUUAGGCCAGUUUCAAGAAAUGGUAGUAUAUCCUGAAACUGGUGCUGAAGUGCUGUAUCAAAAUGGAGAUGGUUGUCCUGGUAGAAGUAACUUUUCAUCCAUUGUUUUUAUGAGGUGUGAUCGCAGUAUAUUAAAUGAAACAGGUCGCUUUAUAUGGGAGAAGGAGCUGUCUGACAAUGAAUGUCAGAAGUAUUUUAGUUGGUGGACUCCUCUGGCCUGCCCAACAACAGAGGUUGUUUGCGUUGCUCACAAACCAGGUAGCAGUUUCUAUUAUGAUUUUAGCCCUCUGCAUACAACUAGUGGUUACUGGACAGUUAUUGAUGAAAACCACAACAAGUAUUUCAUAAGUAUUUGUGGACCGAUUCAUGGUAUUGCAGGUUGUGCUGGUGAUGCUUCAGUUUGUGUGCAUAAAAAUGAUGGAACUUAUCAAAAUUUGGCAUAUAGCAGCACACAGUCAAUAACUUUUAAUGCUAAUGGAAACCCUGUCAUUAAGUUUCAUGGUCCUAAGCUUUCAACGCUACCUCAGCCAUAUUCUGUCACAGUCGAGCUUAUUUGUGGUUUGCAGUCACUGAGUCUUCAUAGUCAUACUUCAUCAUCAGUUAGAUUUGAAUGGUAUACAACAUUUGCCUGCCCAAAUACUAACAAUGUUCACUUGCAGAAAGAUUGCAGUUCGUAUGUUGAAACUGAUAGUGUUUAUACUUUUUAUCCUUCCAAGUUAUCAAAACAAUAUACCUUGAGUGUUGGAAGGUUUACUUACUAUAUAAAUUUUUGUGAUAAUGCUCCUAAAUGCUCGAGUGGUAUGUCAUCAUGUCGUAUUGAUAAUGGAAACAAUGGUGGAAAAUUGAAUCUUGGCUCUACUUCAUCUCGUCUGGUAUAUAUAGAUUCAUAUAAAAUGCAAAUCAGUUUUGUUGGGAAUGAUGGUAAUACAACUGUUAUUGUUGAGUGUGUUGGGAGCAAUUUUAAUAAACAUUAUCAACUUGACACUAUUAUGUUAGAAAAUGAAUACACCACUGUACAUGGAAAAUUAAAUGUUGUUUUUAAGAUGUUCACUAGUGUAGGGUGUCAGUUGAAAACACCUAGCUCUGAACCCUCUGGUCAUUCACCUACUACAACUAGCCAUGCAUCAACAAAAUCAAUAGUUGUUGUUAUUACAAUAUUGGCUGUCAUACUCUGCUUGAUUGUUGUGUCCAUUGUGAUAGUUUUUCUUUGGAAUAAGGAUUUAAGACAAAGUUUGUUUUUUAGAUUAUUUGGUUCUAAGUCAAAUGAGCCUGUCCGAUAUAUGAGAGCAAAAACAAGAGAUACAUUGCUUGAUAAUGAAAGUGAGGAAGAUAGUGAUGAGGAAUUAGAAGUUUUUCAAGAAACAUCUCUAGAUACAAAAGGAAAGUCACCCCUCUUGGUUGAUAUUGAUGAUAAGGGCAAAGGGUCUGAUGAAGAAUUGUUAGAUUUAUAAAUAGUUUGUGAUGUAAGUCUGUAUGUAUUUGUAUUAUAGAAAUUUUUAUUAUGUGUUAUCUUUGGAAGCAUGAAGUUAAUAGUAACUAAUCAUGAUCCAUUAAUUGCACAUGCUGCUUUCAAUUAACUUCAAAUAAGAUGUACAAUUGUAGUUAACUA